AGUCGCCAACUCACCAUACCGAAAGUCAAAACUCAGAACUCAAAACACAGAUAGCAACUCGCAAACAUAAAAGAAAAAAGAAAAUCACAAUCAUCAUUUCUCUGCACUUCGUUUAUCAUAUUUCUAGUUGCGUUUACGAGCACGACGUGGUGAUAAUAAACAAUCAAUUCAUUCUCACGUUCUUGCUUCCCUGUUUGGGAGUAGUGGAAAGAAGGUGACACUUCGCAAAUAAACUGCAUCAAUCAAUUACAUAAAUCAAAUAAUAUCAAUUUCAUUUAGGGGAGAGAUAAAAAUCUUGGUAAUUGUUCUUCACCAUGAAUUGGGGAUCUCUGGUACAAAUUUUGUUCCUACUCUCAAUCUUGUUACUUGUCAAUGGAUCCCUUAGCUCGCCCGUGAAUUCAACACUUAUUAAAAUCGAUCCUUCAAAAGUCAAGCAAAUUUCGUGGAAACCUAGAGCGUUCGUGUAUGAAAGAUUUCUGACUGAUGAGGAAUGUGAUCAUCUGAUAUCAAUUGCGAAAUCAGAAUUAAAGAGGUCCGCUGUGGCGGAUAAUGAGUCUGGAGAUAGCCAGCUUAGCGAAGUCAGAACUAGCUCUGGUGCCUUUAUUAGUAAGGCCAAGGAUGAAAUUGUGCAGCGUAUAGAGCAAAAACUUGCUGUCUGGACAUUCCUACCUCAAGAGAAUGGGGAGGACAUACAAGUUCUCAGAUACGAGGAAGGACAGAAAUAUGAGUCCCACUAUGAUUACUUUGUUGACAAGGUUAACAUCGCUCGUGGUGGCCAUCGAUAUGCAACUGUCCUUAUGUAUCUAUCUGACGUCACGAAAGGUGGUGAAACAGUUUUUCCAAAUGCAGAGUACUAUGAACAGCUGUCAGAACGUCAAAAGGCAGCUAUCGCGGCAGAUAAUGAUUUGUCAGAGUGUGGAAAGAAAGGCAUUGCAGUGAAACCAAAAAAAGGCGAUGCUCUUUUGUUCUUCAGUCUCUAUCCAAGUGCGGUUCCUGAUCAGAUGAGCCUCCAUGGAGGUUGUCCUGUCAUUGAGGGUGAGAAGUGGUCGGCCACCAAGUGGAUUCACGUUGACAAUUUUGAUAAAAUCCUCACAGAUGGUUGUGUUGAUCGCAAUCAGAAUUGUGAAAGAUGGGCUGCACUUGGUGAGUGCACUAGGAACCCAGAAUAUAUGGUGGGAACUGCUGACCUACCAGGUUACUGCCGGAGAAGCUGCAAUCUCUGCUAGUGCAGUCCGUCUAUAACACUGCGGUAUGAGACGAUUGUAACUUGUUACUAUUAUAUCUUUUCUGAACUCGCUGAGGUAUAUCGAGUUCGAAAUGCAAUGACAUCCUUUAUGUUGUGCUGUUUCUCUUCCUCUGUAUUUUUGGUUUUGGAGUGUAAAUUUUGGAAAGGACUAAUGCUGGCAUGUAUGACUUUGUGGAAACUCUCCAAGGCUCUUAAGGAAACAUCUUCAAUGGAAAUGAUUGCUGAUGCAUAUUUCCUCUAGGGGAAAAUAGUUAUAUAUUGGUUUUUAUUGGUUCAA